AUGAAGGCAAGAAGGGCCCGCGAGUCCCAGGAGCAGACUACACUGCGACUAUCACAGGUCGUUCAAGGCAGCGCCCUCACGCAGUCUUCGCAGUCACAAGAGGGGCGUGUCACCUGCUGGGCUGGGAGAGCUGCCUACAGGGCUUCCUUGAGAUCAAGGCUCAAGAAUGCAGAACGGUCGAGAAUGAACGCACAGGCUGCAGCAACCGCCUUUGCAUCUCGGGCUUCCGAGACUCAUCAUCUUUGUAACGAAAGAAACGCUGCUGCCACUGCGAAAUCAAGGGCAAUAGAGACACUUGACCGCAGGCGCGUCCGUCAAUCCAGGGAUGCUGUUGCAACAGCGAGCGCUAGGGCUGCUGAGAGGCCGCUCCGUAGGUUUGUGCGAAAUUCUACGAAUGCUGCCACCACUGCCAGGUCGAGGGCAGCUGAAACAUUUGACCGCAAGCGCGCCCGUUAA